AUGGCUCCCGCCUUGAAGAAGUACAACUGGAUCCUUGCCAUCACUACCAUUGCCUUUGUCUUCUCAUCGGCCUCCAACGGUGCCAACGAUGUCGCCAACUCCUAUGCCACCUCGGUGGCUGCCCGCACCCUGAAGAUGUGGCACGCCGGUAUCCUCGCCUGCUUCACAGAGUUCUUCGGUGCCGUCGCACUCGGUGCACGUGUCACUGGUACCAUCAAGGGGGGCAUCUUUGACCUUGACACUUUCAAGCCUGCGCCUGCUACACUCAUGCUGGCUAUGGGUUGCGCUGAAGUCGGAUCUGCCACCUUCCUCACCAUCGCCACCUUUAUGGGUAUGCCCGUCUCCACUACGCAAACCGUCGUCGGUGCCCUUGCUGGUGCUGGUAUUGCUGCUCAGUCGCCUCUUAGCUGGGGCUGGAAGAAAGGUUCCAUCUCGCAAAUCGCUGCCUCGUGGGUAAUUGCACCAUUCAUCUCCGCUGCCUUCUCGGCUGCCCUGUUCUUGACUGUCAAGUUUGGUGUGCUCCACCGAAAGGACCCUCUCAAGUGGGGUCUCCGCCUAAUCCCAUUCUACCUUGCUUUUACUGCUGCUAUUCUCGCUCUGUUCAUCAUUGACGAGAAUCCAAGAGGUGAGAGCCUCGAGGAAAUGGGCUCUGGCAAGGGCACUGGUCUUAUCCUCGGUGUCUUCUUUGGUGUCCUUGCCAUUGGGUACAUCUUCUUCGUUCCCUACUUCACUCGCCGUCUUGUCAAGGGCGACACUAGAAUGAGGUUCUGGCACAUUCCUCUCGGCCCUCUUCUCUACCGCGAGAACAUUCCAAUCUACUUCCCCGGCAAGGGAGACCAGAUUGUCACCGACUACUAUGCCAAGGCAGCUCCCGCAGACAGUCUGGCUAGUCAAGACAAACUCAAGGGUGAAAAGGAAACUGCUCAUUCCACUUCUUCCGACAAACAGCCCGCCACCAGUGGCGACAACCUUGACAUUGAGCGUGCCGGCCGCGGUCUUUCCAACCCCCUCCCUCCUAGCGAAGGUCCUAUUGUCCACCUUGUCCCCGCCACACCCGAGCCAGAGGAGCGCUGGUUGGAGCCUGUCAAGCACCUGCCUUUUUACUCACCCAAGAAGAUUGUCAACUGGACCAAGUUCCUUCUCCUCCAGGGUGUUUCUCGCGAUGUCGUUUCUCAGAAGGAUCUCGGUGCCAUCCACGCACGCGCAAUUGUCUACGACAACCGCGUUGAGCAUCUCUGGACAUAUGCUCAAGUUGCCUCUGCCAUGAUGAUGUCCAUUGCUCACGGUUCCAACGAUGUCGCUAACGCAGUCGGUCCCUGGGUAGGCUCCUACGACACCUACACCACUGGCGUCGUCACUAAGGAAGCCAACACCCCCAUCUGGAUUCUCAUCGUUGCCGGUCUCCUCCUCGGUCUCGGCUUCUGGUUCUACGGCUACCACAUUAUCCGCGCCCUCGGCAAUAAGAUCACUCAGGUCUCCCCUACCCGUGGUUUCUCCAUGGAACUCGGUGCUGCCAUUACCGUCCUGCUGGCUUCUCGUCUCGCUCUUCCUGUUUCCACCACUCAAUGUCUGACUGGCGCUACUAUCGGUGUUGCCCUAUGCAACUUUGAUCUGAAGGCUGUCAACUGGAAGCAAGUUGGUUUCAUCUUCUCCGGAUGGAUCAUUACCUUGCCUUCUGCGGGUCUGAUUUCUGGUCUGCUGAUGGUUAUGGCUUUGAAUACGCCGCACUUUUAG